AAUCGAAAAGAUAACACAUGUUAAUUUCGUUAGAUUUUAAUAUUUUUCAUUGUAUAUAAAUAAUUAAAAUAUGACGCCUUCUAAUUUAGACGAACAUUCAGAAGAAGAAACUGAAGAAAAAAUAAAACAGUUUCAUGAAUUAGGAUUAGAUGACAGGAUUUUAAAGGCAAUUGCAAAAUUGGGAUGGCUUGAGCCAACGUUAAUACAAGAAAAAACAAUACCAUUAAUAUUAAAUGGUAAAGAUGUUUUGAUAAGAGCUAGAACUGGUUCUGGAAAAACUGGAGCAUUUGUUAUUCCUUUAAUUCAAAAAAUUCUCUCUAAUAAAGAAAUCCAUCAGCAUCAGCAAAUAUCAGGUUUAAUAUUAUCUCCAAGCAAAGAAUUAUGUAAGCAGAUUCAUGAAGUUUGUACAAAUCUUACAAUAAAAUGUAGCAGAGAUAUUAAAUUUGUUGAUAUUAGUGCACAAUUAGAUCUUGUUACACAACAACCACUUUUAAUUGAGAAGCCUGAUAUUAUCAUUGGUACUCCUGGUAGAGUUUUGCAACAUUUAAAAGCCAAAAAUUUAUAUCUCAAAAAAACUAUAGAAACUUUAAUUAUUGAUGAAGCUGAUUUGAUAUUUUCUUUUGGUUAUGAAAAUGAAAUUAAAGCUUUAUUAAGCUAUCUUCCAAUUGUAUAUCAAGCAAUUUUAGCAUCUGCAACAUUAUCUGAAGAUGUGUUGUCAUUAAAAAAAUUAGUGCUGCACAAUCCUGCAAUUUUAAAACUAGAAGAGCCACCGCUAGCUCCACCGUCUCAACUUACACAUUACACAUUAACAGCAGAAGAAAAUGAUAAAGCUACUAUUUUAUAUACAUUAUUAAAAUUAUCCUUAAUCAGAGGAAAAUGUAUUAUUUUUGUAAACACGGUUGAUCGAUGUUAUAAAUUGAAAUUAUUUCUUGAGCAGUUUGGAAUUCCAACUUGUGUUUUAAAUUCAGAAUUACCAGCGAGUUCAAGGUGUAGAGCAGUCACACAAUUUAACACUGGAACUUACGAUAUAAUUAUAGCUUCCGAUGAAAAAGCUUUGGAUGAACCUCAUACAACAAACCAAAAAAACGGAAAACGUAGAAAAGAUAAAGAAUCUGGUGUGUCGCGUGGAAUAGAUUUUCAGUUUGUUUCCAAUGUAAUUAAUUUUGACUUUCCAUUGGAUAUUAAUGCAUAUAUACAUAGAGCAGGACGAACUGCUAGAGGCAAAAAUGAAGGUACAGCACUUAGUUUUGUCGCCGUUAGAGAAAGACCAAUGCUAAAUGAAAUUGAAGAAGAAUUGAAAAAAUUAUACGAUCAGGAAAACUUAUUUAAAACUUAUCAAUUCAAACUUAGCGAAGUAGAAGGAUUUCGGUAUCGAGCAAGAGAUGCUUGGAAAGCUGUGACUCGAAUAGCAGUAAGAGAAGCUCGACUUAAAGAGAUAAAGCAAGAGGUAUUAAACUGUGAUAAACUCAAAAGCUACUUUGAAGACAAUCCAAAAGACUUGCAGUCUCUAAGACAAGACAAGGCUUUACAUACAGUUAGAUUACAACCUCAUUUAAGAGAUGUACCUGAGUAUAUAGUACCUUCUUCACUUAAAAUGAUCGCCUCAGGUAUUCGUCAUAAUAAACGAAAAUUUAACAGAAAAGCUUCAAUUGGAACCAGUGCUGUCAAAUCAAAGUACCAAGCGCGAGCGAAUAAUCCAUUAAUCGCCUUAAAACUUUUUAAAAAGUAGAAAAUGUUGAUUCAUUUUCGCUUUACGUUUUACAUAUUAAUAAAUAUUAUUUGAAAAAAUACAAAAAUUUCUCAUAGCCAUUACAUAAAA